AUGGCUAAGAAUUCGAAUAGCUCCGGUACCAGUGGUCCAAGUGACUCGCGAUUUGCUGGUCUACAGAACGACCCUAAAUAUAGAGAGACCAGGGCCAAGAAGUUCAAGAUCAAGUUGGAUGACAGAUUCAGCAAGAAGGAUCUGGAGUUCAAACGCAAAGCAAAAGUGGACAAGUACGGAAGACGUUUGAAGGAUGGGGAUAAUAAAGACAAGAAAGAUUUUGAGAAAUAUUAUGAGAAGGAGGAGGAGACAAAGCCGUCAGAGCAAGAAAACAAGUCGGAGGAAGAUGAUGAGGAACCUGAAAUCAAAACCAAAGUAAAGUCGUUGAGCUUAGACAGGGCCCGUGGCGAGGUUGCUAGUGACUAUUUGUCUUCCUCAGAUGAAAGCUCGUCGAGCUCGGAGUCUGAUGUGGACUCAAGUGACAUGGAAAGUGAUGAAUCGGAGGUUGAAAUCGAGGACAGUAAACCAGAAUCAGGGGAGAGCAGCAAGACUCUAGCUGUUGUCAACCUUGAUUGGGAUCACGUAAAAUCUGACGACUUGUUGAUUACAUUCAGCAGUUUUGUUCCCAAAGGCGGCAAGAUUCUAAAGGUUGCCGUUUAUCCAAGUGAAUUCGGGAAAGAAAGGCUUCAACGAGAACAAGUAGAGGGUCCUCCAAAAGAAAUCUUCCAGAGUAAAAGAAAGAGCAAGAGGGGCAAUGGCAAUGACAGCGAUUCUGACUUAGAUGUCAGGGAUCUCUACGAAGAAGGAGACGCAGAAGAAUACGACGCUAAAUCAUUACGCCGAUACCAAUUGGAAAGACUAAGAUAUUUCUAUGCGGUUGUAUACUGCAACAACAUUGAGACAGCCGAAGCCAUUUACAAAAACUGCGAUGGCUCGGAGUUCGAGUCUACUGCCAAUACGUUUGACCUCCGGUAUGUUCCUGAUGGUAUGGACUUUGAUGACGACCCACGAGAUGAAUGUAGUGACCUGCCUAAGAAUUAUAGACCUGCUCAGUUCAGCACUGAUGCUCUCCAACACUCUAAGGUUAAGUUGACAUGGGAUGACACCCCUGCUGACCGUGUGGCGAUGGCCAAGAGAGCAUUUAGCCAAAAGGAGAUUGACGAAAUGGAUUUCAAAGCUUACCUCGCCUCUGAUAGCGAAGAGUCCGAACCAGAACUCAAUCAGGAUUUGAAAUCAAAGUUGAAAUUGCUCGCUAACCAAUCGUCACAAGUGGGGGACAGAUCCCUCUUUGAUAAGGAACCAGAAGAAGGUGAGAGCGACGUCGACAUGCAAAUCACAUUUGCUCCAGCCCUCGGCGAAAGUAACGAAGGUGAUGCUGACGAAAAGACGGAAGAGUCAACUUUAGACAAAGUUAAGCGGAAAGAAAAAGAGCGUAGAAAAAUGCGGAAAGAGCGCGUUAAGGAAUUGAAGAAGCAAGCUGAAGAUGAAAAGAAGCAAAAGUUGAAGGAAUUGAAAUCAAGAAAACCAACAUCAGCGUCUGAAGAGACCAAGAAAUCUGCUGCUGAGUUGGAACUUCUGAUGAUGGACGAUGAAGAAGAGGGAAGUUCAAAAUUGAACAAGAAAGCACAUUUCAACAUGAAUGAAAUUGCUCGGUCCGAGAAGGAGAGGGGUAAAAAGACCAAGUAUCAAGAUAGAAGCAAGAUAACUGAGGAUGAAUUCAAACCUGACUUGAAUGAUCCUAGAUUCAGUGAAGUGUUUGAGGACCGAGAUUUUGCCAUUGAUCCUUCUCAGCCUGAAUUCACGGGCACAACUGCCAUGAAGAAAAUUUUACAAGAGAGGAAUAAGCGUUCCAACAAGAGCAAGGCCAAGAAAAGAAAGGCGGAUGAUGCUGGGCUGAAACAGGCUAAUGGCUCCUCUGAUAUCAAAGGUUUGGUCAGUAAGAUAAAGCGCUCUUCUAAGAAGCACCGCUCUACCGCAUGA